AUGCGAGCCGCGCUCUGAAGACGUUACGCAGCUCCAAAGCUCCCCUGGUGAAGAAGAGGCAGGUAAUGCGAGCGAUCUCUGGAGACUACAGGAAGAAGAUAGAAGAGGAAAGAGCCAGACAGUUCAAACUCAUACAGUCAGCAAUGACCUCCGCCCGGCUCACCAGCGUGUCUGAGUGCAAACCAGUGUUUCACCGGCGAGCUGAGAGAAACACACAACCCACAAACAAAACAGACAGAUCUCAAGAGACACACACUCUGCAAGGGCCCCGGGAGACAAUCGAACACACAAACACUGAUGGAGACACAAAAUCAUUUGUUUUCACUAAAACACAUGAAGAGUUUCGCUUUAACUUCAACUUAUGACUCGACACGUUAACAUCAACCAGCAGGAUUUGUACCUUAAGUAGAUGUGUGGUCAAAUAUUACGUACUUCUAUUGCACAGUUUUGCCAUACAUUCUAUUUGCAUUUUAUUAAGCAUACAAUAUUGCUAGAUUUCACUUUUUGUAAUGUUCAAAGUGUUGCAAUCAUAGAAAACACUUACGGAAAAAAUUCAAAUAAAGUGUGAAGA